UGGGAAAGCGGCCACGGGACGACGAUGGGACUCCAGGUUGCGUCCCGAUGCCCUCCAUGAGCGACGACGCCGCGCCUCGGCACCCCUGAGUGCUAACGCGUGAUUUAAACUUUCCCCCGCAAAACGAGCCAAACUUUCUAGUGAUAACGGUUGAGUGAGGAAAUUUGGUUGUUCGCGUGUUUGAGUUUUCGAAAAAAAAAAACGCAAAAAUUAAGAACUUGUCGUGAAAAUGACCGGUAUAGUUUUUAUUGUUAGCCUGGUUACCUUUGCCAUAGUUUUUAGAGAAAUCCGCUGUUUAAGUCACGUCAACUUAACCAUAGAGCCUCGAAUUGUGGAAUACGGAAAAACGAGCACGUUAAAAUGUAGCUAUGAUGUUAAAAAGGAACAACUGUAUACGGUAAAAUGGUAUAGAGGUCAAUACGAGUUCUACCGGUUCACACCCAAGGAACAUCCGAGCACCAAGAUAUUUCAUACGGAUGGAAUUGUCGUUGACGUAAGUUCAAGUCAAUCUAAUGAACAUCAAGUGGUUUUACGCGACAUCGGCUUCAAUUUAUCGGGAAACUUCAGCUGCGAAGUUACAAUAGACGAGCCCUAUCUCAAAGCGGUUACCGUCGUCAAGGAUAUGAUUGUAGUUGUUUUACCGAGAAACCCCCCGAGUUUGGCGACGGAUAAAACUUUUUACGAGGUCGGCGAUGUGCUAAGGGCUAACUGUAGCUCACCCGCAUCAAGACCAGCUGCCACCCUUACCUUUAUAUUAAAUAACAUCGUGGUGUGUGAAAGAUGCACGACGUACAAGAGACCUCAAAAGGACCUAUUUAGAUCCGAAUCGAGUAUAGAGAUACGCGUGUUCUCCUCCCAUUUCCACAACGGACGCAUUACUUUAAAGUGCGUAGCGCAAAUCGGUGACUUAUAUCAACAAGAUACGGAAAUUACUUUUAACAACGUUAAAGACCCCGUCCCGGCUCGAGUAACGCAAACCUCUGUGAGCUGUAGAUUGGGACAAUUAACCGCUUCGUUAUGGCUAUUGACAAUGUGGCUUUUCUUUCGUAAUUUCGGGUAAAUGAUUUAUUGACUUUAUAUUUAUAUUUUUUUUUACUUUGUCCUAGUUUUAUUGUGAAUAUUUUUUAAGAGAGUUUGAAUAGCUUUAAUGUUUGUACAAUACAUAACUUAGAGAACAAAGAAAACGUCUGUAAUCUGUAACAAUAAAGUUAUUAUUAUUUCA